GUUUUGGUGAUCGUGUCCUGAUUGGUGUGGGCAACGUUUGGCGUCGAAAAUCCCUCUGUGCUAGUGACAUUUCGGUGCAUCUUCGGUUUGACGUUACUUUUUUAUCAACAAAUUUGUUGGAAUAACCGCUGGAAAAAGGUUCAGUAAAGUGCUCCUUCUAGCCACUACUCUUUACGCCUUUUCUAGUCUAGUAUCGCCCCCAUGGAAGAGGCCGAAGUGACACCGCCCCCGCCGCCGUCGCUGAAAAGCCCGUCGGCGUCGAACGAGGGAGACUGGACGUGUCCGGACUGCGGUAACGUAAAUUUCGCCCGCCGUAACAACUGUAACCGUUGUUACAAAAGUCGGGGGCCGGUGUCGGCGAAAAAGCGCAAAUUGGGGCACGAGAUCGGUAAAGCGGCGGCAGAGAAAAGUCGCGGGUUGUUUAGUGCCGACGAUUGGCAGUGUAACAAAUGCGGUAACGUGAAUUGGGCGCGGAGGCAGCAGUGUAACGUUUGUAACGCCCCCAAGUUUGGGGAGGUGGAGGAGAGGACGGGGUUCGGUGGGGGGUAUAACGACAGGGGGGUGGUCGAGUAUAAGGAGCACGAGUCUGACGACGAAUAUGACGAGUUCGGGAGGAGGAAAAAGAAGAAAAGUGAGGAGGUGAAGGAGAUGAAAAAUAGUGUAGAUAAGGUGGAGAAGAAGGUUGAGGAGGAAGAAGAGGAGGAGCAGGAGGAGGACGAGGAGGAGGAUGACGACGACGGAGACUUAUCGAAAUAUGAUCUGUCGGAUUGGGGGGAUUCAGGGGAAUCGAAUAGUAAACAAAAUAACUCAAGAUCUAAGUCGAGGUCACGGUCUCCACAACACGAAAAAAAAAAGUCAUUAGUCGAGUCGAAAUUUUUAUAGACAUUUAGGUGAAUAAAUCUGCUUUGUAUGGUGGUAAAUUCGAGUUAGGUAUACACAAUAAACCAUUACUUUUAUUGGUGCCUGAUUUACAUUCUUCUUCACCUGAAAAUCGAAUAGAUUCUAGCACCAAGUGACUAACGAAAUUUGUUAGUUUUUGUAGUUGUUACGCUGUAAAAUAUUUAUCGUCCACGAGUAACCCAUAUUAAUUGUAAAAUUAACAGUGACAACUGUGCGUUCUUCAAAUCAGGACUAAAAAUCUUGAUUUGAGUAGAUCAACAUGUGUAAACGUGAAUCCUUUAGGGGGAUUUUAAUCUGAUGUUUUCUUGUUUCAGUGACUUCCUAAAUUUUCAUUGCGCCAACCUAGGAUUUUCUUUACUUAUCCAUAUAAGCACUUAUGUACGUUUACAAUAAUUACAAUAAAGAUACAAACAAUU